AUGCAAAAACUUCACAGCUAUAUGUUAUCUUUAGAGGAGGACAGCAACAAGAAUCCGCCAGGGACGACAGAGCAGUAUACAGCCAAGAGGCUGACAGACCUAAAGAAUUGCUCGGGCGAGAAGGUGACCAACGUGACAGGCAGAUGGAUGUCAAUGGCCAACGGCCCAGCAAGCAUUCAUGGAUGGACAGCUCAGGCGGCUAAUAUCAUAUGCAAGAAUCUGGAGCUAUGGUUCGGGAAUUUACAAGAGACAGAGGGAAGCCCACCUAAGUGGACGUAUACCAAAUGUACCGCCGAUAACCUGGAGGUAGAAGGGUCAAAAGGCACCACCACAGCCUGCCCACCUAAUCCUAACCACAAUUAUUGGAGCGGUCUUGGGUUUAGCACAGAACUUUCAGGAAACAAGCGGGAACAUAGGAGCCUGAUGAUUUGCAUGGAUGUGAUAUCAAUCCUUCUGACAGUUUAUAAUAAUGUUAACAAUUGUCAAAACCAAGAACUUUGCUAUAACAACACUCUGGUAUGCGAGGCAUUAUAUGAAUGGUAUAAAGAAUGGGGAGGGGAAAAAGUAGCGAAGGAGAUUAUGAAGUUUUUAUUUUCCAAAGGAGAGAGGUCAGUUCGCGUGAGAGGACAAGAGAUACAGAUAGAGAGAAGUCCAUCCGAGUUUUGGGCUAAGAUCCUAGGAAUCAAGGGAUUAAGAAUCGCAGGAUUACAAUGCCAGGCAACAGACUGGCCUACUGACAACUGGAACAUGACUUGUCUACAUCGGUCCAAAGGCGACAGUUGCCAAGUAAUGGGGGACCAAGCUUGGGAGGAGUAUGAGGUAAUUAAGACGAGAGGAUAA